UUUAUUCUUAGUGUUUUGAAAUUGGGGCAUCGUUCUCGGAAUAGCUCAUGCAAAACGUAGCUGGCCGUACCUCCAAAUGCAGGAAGUAUGAGCGUAUUGGACAAGGUCGAUAUACCGCAUUGUGUCUAGUUAAGUAGCAAUGGAAAUAAAUGGUAAUAUCAAGGAAAGAGAUUGUAAAUUUUACCAAGAGGAAGAAGUACUUAAGCAUUGUACAGUGGACGAUUGUUGGGUAAUAGAAAAAGGAACUGUUUACGAUGUCACACCAUUUUUAGAAAAACAUCCUGGUGGUGCAGAGUUAGUUCUAGCACGAGCUGGAACAGAUAUAACUGAUAUUCUUAAUGAUGAAAAUACCCAUAUUCAUACUCAUAAUGCAUAUAGUUUACUUAGGGAAUAUAAAGUUGGUAAAAUAGAAAAAAAAACUGAAAAAGAGCGUCUAACAAAAAGUGUCAUAGAAGAAGAAUUUUCAAUGAAAGGAUGGAAGGAGGAUCGCAUUGAUUGGAAUAAAGGAUUGGUGUUACAAGUACAUAAACUUGGUAAAGAUUACAUGAAAUGGGUACACUCGCCAGUAAAUAGAAAACUUAGACUUUUUGAUUCAGACUUUGUUGAAUUUUUCUCAAAAACACCAUGGUAUGUGGUACCUUUAAUCUGGAUACCUGUUACCAUUAUAUUCUCUAUUAUAUCUAUUAUGGAGAUACACAAUUCAAAUAGAGCAUUCCAUUUCUUCGAGGAUGAGAGGUUGCGACGAGCAUCGUCAUUUUUGUUGUUUUUGUGUUUCUUUCUUGUUGGGAUACCGAUGUGGACAUUUGUAGAAUAUAUUCUUCAUCGUUUCCUGUUUCAUUUGGAACCGGAAGGCGAUUCACCGUUGCUUAUCACAUUUCAUUUCUUCCUGCAUGGUCAACACCACAAGGUUCCAUUUGAUGGACAAAGGCUAGUGUUUCCACCUGUCGCUGCCGCUGUGUUUGCCGCGUUCUUCUUGUGGAUAUUCAGUAUGCUACUUCCAGUUGGUAUUUCACGUGCGGUCUGGUCAGGCGGUUUGCUUGGUUAUGUUGGGUAUGAUAUGCUGCACUAUUAUUUUCAUCAUGGUACACCGGAGAGAGGAACAUAUUUGCAUUCACUGAAAUAUUAUCACGUGUUACAUCAUUUCGAUGACCAUUCUACCGGGUAUGGAAUAUCGACGAAGUUUUGGGACUAUCCGUUCUCAACUGUCAACAAGAAAGUCCUAUGAUGCGAA